AAACUUGUUAUCCUCCGUCACAGUUAGUUUAGAGGGAGCUCUCGCCAGGCAAGAAGGGGAUACCGGUGGACAGAAUUAAAGAGGCUAUUAUCUACAAGAUGACUACUGAUCUCCCCGAUAUUGAAGAUAUGAAAGAAGUGUUCGAUUUGUUUGACUUUUGGGACGGUCGAGAUGGACUGAUUGAUGCCGUAAAGUUGGGUGACCUACUUCGAUGUUGUGGAUUCAACCCAACAAAUGCACUUAUCUACAAAAAUGGGGGAACCAAGAGAACAGGAGAGAAACAAUACACCAUGGAGCAGUUUCUAUCCAUUGUUCGACAGGUCGUAAAAGAAAGGGACACCGGAUCUUUCAAGGAGUUCAUGGAGGCAUUCAAAUCUUUCGACAGGGAGGGACAAGGCUAUAUCUCCCUGGGUGAGGCAAGGCACGUCCUUACAUCAAUGGGCGACCGUUUGACGGACGAGGAGCUGGAAGAUAUCUUACAGAGCAUCGACCUGGAUGUGGACUACGAGGGAAACAUUAAAUAUGAGGAAUUUAUAAAGAAAGUCAUGAAAGGGCCCCCGGAGGGUAAGCCCGAGUUUACAUAUUGAAAGGCGAGGGACUCUGGACAGAAACAACGAUAGAGAGUAAACGACAGGGAUCUUUGAGGUGUUGGGCCAGUUAUCCAGAGAUAAACAAUUAUACUCUGUAUUAUUUUGUACAUUAAUUGUUACCUGUACAAAAAAUCAAACAGACAGUGUCUAUCAACAUUGACUUUUGUAGAUUAGAAAUAAGUACAUGUAUAUCAAAAGUGUAUUUAUUAAAUACCGUAUAAAGUACAACUGUAUAUACUUGUAUAAUUAUUUUAUAUUUUGAAUAAAAUCUUUGUAUGGUAAUGUUA